AUGGCACUUCCAUACUCAUCACCAUCUUCUACAAUCCUUACCUUGUUCAUAAUCUGCGGUGCGAUCGCAGUGAGUGUAUCAUCGGCCCACAAACUCCCCGACGAUGCCGACAAAUAUCUGAAAGGGCUGCCGGAAGAGACGAGGCGUUUGGUAGAGAAGUGCACCGAAAAGCUGAGCUGGGAAUGCGCCAAGGAAGUUGGCGGCGCUUUGUACACCGAUCACCGGAAAGUUUCGAAGAGCUGUUGCAAAAAGAUCACGAGACUGGGGAAGAAGUGCAGCGCCGCUCUCCUCAACGUGUUGAUUAACGUGCCGGAGCUCAAAGAUAAAAAAGAUGUUAUUCUCGCCAAUACCAAGAAGUUGAUUAACAAGUGUCUUAAUUGGAAACCAUAG